AAUGGAUAUCGAGAUGCCCAUGGUCAAUGGGCUUGAGUGCGCGGCUAUGAUUCGCGCCGUGCAGGAAGACGGGUCAAUCGAUAAGCACUUGCACAUCAUUGCUGUUACCGCAAAUGCAAGACCUGAGCAACUGAAGCGCGCGCGAGAGACAGGAAUGGACGACGCGGUUCCGAAGCCGUUUCGGGUGAGAGACCUCGCAGCUGUUAUAGAGCAAUCAAGACUUGAGUGAUCGGAUGCCAGAGGAUGCCUCACGGUGAAGCGGUGAUCAGCGCGCCUUCCCGUUUCGUCUCGUUUGGCUCUCACUUCACC